AUGGAGCUUGGGGGCCUCGGGGCGCCGCCGCUGCUGCUGCUGCUUCUCGGGGCCGGCCUCCUGCCCGCAAGCAGCCACGUGGAGACCCGAGCCCACGCCGAGGAGCGGCUGCUGAAGAAACUCUUCUCUGGCUACAACAAGUGGUCCCGGCCUGUGGCCAACAUCUCAGAUGUGGUCCUGGUCCGCUUCGGCCUGUCCAUUGCCCAGCUCAUCGAUGUGGACGAGAAGAAGCAGAUGAUGGCAGUGAACGUGUGGGUGAAGCAGGAGUGGCGUGACUACAAGCUGCGCUGGGACCCGGCUGACCACGAGAACGUGAUGUCCAUCCGCAUCCCCUCGGAGCUCAUCUGGCGGCCGGACAUUGUCCUCUACAACAAUGCGGAUGGGGACUUUGCAGUGACGCACCUGACCAAAGCCCACCUCUUCCACGACGGACGGGUCCAGUGGACGCCCCCGGCCAUCUACAAGAGCUCCUGCAGCAUCGACGUCACCUUCUUCCCCUUCGACCAGCAGAACUGCACCAUGAAGUUUGGGUCCUGGACGUAUGACAAGGCGAAGAUCGACCUGGUGAGCAUGCACCGACGCGUGGACCAGCUGGACUACUGGGAGAGCGGCGAGUGGGUGAUCGUGGAUGCCGUGGGCAACUACAAUACCAAGAAGUACGAGUGCUGUGCCGAGGUCUACCCCGACAUCACCUACGCCUUCAUCAUCCGGCGCCUGCCGCUCUUCUACACCAUCAACCUCAUCAUCCCGUGUCUGCUCAUCUCCUGCCUCACAGUGCUGGUCUUCUACCUGCCGUCCGAGUGCGGUGAGAAGGUCACACUCUGCGUCUCCGUGCUCCUCUCGCUCACCGUCUUCCUGCUGCUCAUCACCGAGAUCAUCCCGUCCACCUCGCUGGUCAUCCCGCUCAUCGGCGAGUACCUGCUCUUCACCAUGAUCUUUGUCACGCUCUCCAUCAUUAUCACCGUCUUCGUACUCAACGUGCACCACCGCUCCCCGCGCACGCACACCAUGCCUGCCUGGGUGCGCAGGGUCUUCCUGGACAUCGCGCCCCGCCUGCUCCUCAUGAAGCGGCCGUCCGUGGUCAAGGACAACUGCCGGCGGCUCAUCGAGUCCAUGCACAAGAUGGCCAGCGCCCCGUGCUUCUGGCCAGAGCCUGAGGGCCAGCCCGGCUUCCUGAGCCGGGACCUGUCGCCCUCCAAGUCCUGCUGUGCCUCACCGGGGGAGCCAGUCAAGCCGCCCUCAGAGCAGCCCCCCGAUCUCCAGCCCGUGGAGGCCGGGAAGGCCAGCACCUGCCCCUUGGCUGGCCCUGGCCCCCUGCUCAGCAGCAGCCAGGCCACAGGGCUGCCCAAGGCCAGGUCUCUGAGUGUCCAGCACAUGACCAGCCCCGGUAAAGUGGAGGACAGCAGCGUCCGGUGCCGAUCCCACAGCAUCCAGUACUGUGUCAGCCGAGAUGACGCCUCUACCCAGGCCAAAGGCCAGGUGACCAGUGCCCCGGCCUCCGCUCACUCCGCCAAGCCUACGGCCCCAGACCAGCCCUCUCCCUGCAAAUGCAAGUGCAGAAAGGAGCCGCCUGCCACCUCCCCCGAUGCCACAUUCACAGCUCACAGCACCAAAGUGCCCUGUCGCCACCUGCUCCUGUCGCCGGCCCUGGCUCGGGCUGUGGAGGGAGUCCAGUACAUUGCGGACCACCUGAAGGCAGAGGACACGGAUUUCUCGGUAAAGGAGGACUGGAAGUUCGUGGCUGUGGUCAUCGACCGCAUCUUCCUCUGGGUGUUUGUCACUGCCUGCCUGCUGGGCACCAUUGGCCUCUUCCUGCCGCCCUGGCUGGCCGGCAUGAUCUAG